AUGGCUAAGCACAUGGUAUGUGAGACCUGCCGCAGAAGAAAGGUCAAGUGUACCGGCGAGAAGCCUUGUCGCUCAUGUGUCAAGCAUAAUUUGGAAUGCAGAUUCGGCACCACUAGCCGUAAGAAGUAUACAGAAGCCGAAGUAAAACAGCUGCUGGUCAAAAUCCGAGUUUACGAGGAGCGGCUUGCAUCUAGGUCAGAAGGUCAGGCAAACGCUUUUGCUAUCAUUAAGCCCAGUGCUAAAGAUUAUAUAGGUCCAUCAUUGGCGCCCCCGGCUGCCCCGGAUCCUACCCCGAGUGGAUCAUUACGACAGCACGAUUCUGUAAUCCCCGGCGACCCUGUCACGCCGGGCAAUUAUUCACAAAGGGACCAACCACCGGAAGCACUGCUGUACGAUGAUGGUGCUGAUGGAAUCAGCCCAGGUAGGUAUUCCAUCCAUCUGAGAAGUCCAGCAGAUCAACUGAUUGCACAUAAAGCAACGGACCUGACGUCAGGUCCUGCAUUUGAAUCCCAAGUAAGAUCUCUGCUCCACGGAUCCAAAACAAUUAGUAUACCCUCUCCGAGUGGAUUGUUCAACAAUGCCCGCGAGUCGAGUGGGUCAGCCGGCUGGGCAUCAGCUCAAGGGCUUGUUGAUAAUAAAGAUGACCCUUCCAUUCCAUCGCUGGAGGAGUCUCAACAUUUACUGGAUCAAUUUCUCUAUUAUCUGGGAGUUAGCCAGCACUUCUUUGACUCUCGCUCGUUUUCUGAUCAGAUGGGGCUCCUUUUCCAAACUGCUGAGUCCCAAGAGCAACAGAAACAGACGACAUGGUACACGGAGUAUCUUCUCGUCAUGGCAAUGGCCAAGCUGAUGGAUGUUGAGCAGCCAACGUCUCAACCACCAGGGUCUGAGCUUUUCUCAAAAGCACUAAAGUGUCUUCCCCCGCUGCACAAUUUUGGAAAAGAAGGAGUCAUCGUUGUGGAAAUCCUGACACUAGUUGCUACUUAUCUUCAGUGGUGUGAUCGCAAGCAUGACGCUUACCUUUAUAUCGGUCUUGCUCUAAGACUAGCUAUUGCCCUCGGCUGUAAUCUGCCCGAAAAUGAACAGAGUUGCCUACCCUCCGAGUGUGCCCACCGGGUCAGAUUGUGGUGGACUGUUUACAUGCUGGAUAGGUAUUUAUUUCCCUUGGUCAUACUUGUUCCUAGCAUCUUUUCUGAUAUAGAUAGACGUCUUUCGUCGGGUCUCGGACUGGCCGCAGGAGCCGAUGAACGACAGCUGAAAGCAGGGCUUCCUCGACAUGCUGUCGGCUUCCAAUCACCAGUUGCUAUCACAAUUAACGUGCGCAUUGCACGCAUCACUGAUGAAAUUAUGUCUUCUUUAUAUGGAAGUGCCUCUAUCACUCAGCUCGAGCUGGUGAAAAAGAUCCAGACAAUUCUUCAAGAACUUUAUAAAAUCGGCCAAUCUUUCCCACCGUCUCUAGCCUUGGACUUUAAUCGACGAUUAGAGAAAGUUACACGCACAGGAUCGUCUCUCUUCCUAAUGCUAUUUCAGGCUAUUAUACUUUGCACUCGGCCGAUUUUAUUGAGGAGAGUCCGUUUAGAAGUUCAGAGACAGCAGAACUCCUUACCACCGGAGCCGGUUCCGGAGAUCCUAGCCAGACUCUGCGAUACCUGCCACGAGGCUUCGAUGCGAAGCCUAGCGAUUCUGUACAGCCUUCAGCAACAGCGAAUCAUUCCGCGUUAUGGAUUCUUUGAUCUGGAUGCAACCUUUUCUGCGGCAUUUGUCCUGGUAAUGGCAGGGGUCUUGGACAAGUCCAAAGAUCAGCCGCCACCAGCAUUAGACCAGGCAUUCCACGUCCUCAAAUUUCUUUCUCGGUCAGGAAAUUCUGCUGCUGAACAACGAUUCCAGGAUAUCUCCCUUUCUUGCUCUCAUGUUUGGCCAAAUUACGUCUUCAAUGAAGCUCUACCUGAGACACGAACUACUCGGAUGAAUUCUGUGAGGAGCCAAGCACUGUAUUCUGCUUCAAGAGAAGAAUUGAGUAAAAGUCCUUUUGGGUAUUCACCGGCAUUUUCAACUUAUAUGACUCAAGACUCCGGUCAAUUUCGUCUGGAUGAGAGCAGAUUACUUGAACCGUGGUCUCAAUCGGGAGCUUCAGAUGCAGUAUUCGAUAUGGAGAUAGACUGGAGCUUGGACCUGACAGGUGAGGCAGAAGGUAUCUACUCAAGCUUUCAUAGUCCGAUCUUGCCGUUGACGGGCGUGGAUCAUAUGGACUGGCUGGAGAUUGAGAAGGUGUUCAGUGCUCCUGGCGUUUGA